AUGACGUUCCACUUAAUGGGCAUACUAGAUAUCGAAUGUGUUAAGGACCAUAAAUCGGCUGUGCGGGUCAUAAAGUUUGUAGUGUCCAUUUUCACCGUAGUUGGUGUAAUAAAGAUUCUAGAUACACGAUAUUCUGAAUCAGCACCCGCAAGGGAGGUAACUUUCGGAAAUUAUGGUCCUGUCGAAUGUGAAGACAGAUUUAAAUCGACACUUGCAGAAAAUUUAAACGUCGUGAAAAACUAUCCUAGAGGUACAGCAGACGAAUUCAUGUGGAAAAUUGGCGGGAAUUUGUCUGCACCAGACGACAUUCCAAAAUUCCCAGUUAUCGUUACUGCUAUAGAUUCUUUGCAUUAUCCCGAAUCCAUGGGGUUGUUUCGGUCAAUACACCAAGGUAUUAUGGGAAACAGGAAGUACAGUGGUCUAGUGAAAAUAAUUGUGUACGAUCUUGGGCUAACUUUCCGCCAGCUGAAAACGUUGAAGACAAAGUGCAGAUGUGAAGUGCGAUCAUUUCCGUUCACGGAACUUCCGGAACAUGUCCGAACAAUAGAAACAUUUGCCUUUAAACCAAUUAUAAUACAGAUUCUACUGGUUGAAUUUGGUUUUGUUUGCUGGGUAGAUGCUUCAAUACGUUUCAAAACGCCCGAUAUUGACGCAGGAAUACAGUUCGCUAUUGACAACAGUUUACUUUUUUACGUCAGACGUGACGUCAGCAAAUCAUAUACAGUCGCGAGACAAACUGAUAGCAAAACGUUUACAUUUUUAAAAGAAAACAUAUGCAAGUUUAGAAACUUUACCGAGCUG